AUGCAAAACUAUAACCUCAUGCGCGCAGAUGUAUCAGCGGCAACAUCCGGAUCGCAGAACAUCUCUUAUGAAGUAGACUGGCCAUUGAUUCGGCAGCGUAUUGACCGCCGUGUACAGCCUUCACACUCGUGGGGAUGGGCAUCUCCUCAAUUGGAGCCCUUGGAGUUCUCUCUCGUGGUUCAAGCUGGCGAAGAUGACUUUGCUUGCUUUGUUAAAGGGAACAACGAAGUCUUCCUUCCCCGGAACUCUACAUCUGGCUGUGUAGAUUUUUAUAGCAAUCUCGACAAGCUCCUCCUCAUCGUCGACCCGGAGACAUAUCUACCAUAUAUCAUCCGCACGGAAGAACAACAUCCGAUCUAUGGAUAUGCCACAAAGGACGUAUACCUUUCAAACUACAAAGAGGUACGGGGAAUCCAAUUCCCCCACACUAUUCAGACUAUCUACAACUCAUCUAGCCAACGGCUCGGCGUAGUUCUUGAAGACUUCGUUAUUGACAAAAUCAACGCUACGGCGGAAUUCCCUAAAGACUUUUUCGAUCCUGGUCCCGACGGACAGAACAGAAUUAUGCAAAAGAAGACUCCUGGUGUUCCGAGCGGUCUUGUCACAGAUUACAGCACGAGUUUGCUCGGAUCACCAGUCAAGAAUGUCAGCGUUGAUGCUUUGAAAUCAAUAAGGCCUGUUGAUCUUCUUCAGCUGUACUGGCUUAUCAUCGAUGAUAGCCAUGAUCUUGGGUUCAAGCAGCUUAUUAUUGAGUUUGAGAAUGAGGUUAUUGUGUGCGAUGCACCGCCCUUCUGGAGUGAGGCCGCCAUGGAGUGGAUAAAGAAGACUAUUGGGAAGAAGGUUACCUACGUCGCGCCUACACAUCAUCACCGCGAUCAUAGUGGAGGGGUAGCCGAUUACGUCCAUGCUGGUGCCAAGUUGAUCAUCCCUGAGAUGGCAGUGGAUUACUGGUCCAGCGUCCCAGGGGCCCAGUUCAUCACCUUCAAUCAAACACACCCUUACGUCCACCGCGACAAUAAGAUCCAGGCCUGGUUCAACUGGGCUGAUCAAGCUCCUCAUGCAGCUGACUGGACUUAUGUAAUGGUUACAGAGCAAUGUCCUAAUAAAGACUCACCUAUUUUUGUGUUCGAGGCUGAUACCUGGGAAGCUGGACUUAGCGUUGAUUUGGGCAAUCAGCAGCAGAUGAGGCAGUGGUUGGAUCAGACCCUAGAUGAUGGUCUUCCCAGAUCUGCGACUGUGAUGCCUACGCAUGGUAAGAUCACACCUUUGGAACAGCUGAUCAACAUUACAGCUUAUCCUUACCCUGAUUUUGACAUUAGUCGCUGGAGGAAGCGUGCAGCGCUGUGUAAUGAGUCGUCUGUGAAGAAGAAUAAAGAUGAUUAAUGAUAUGAGUUUCUGAUUAGUCAGGUACUGCAUCGGGUCCUACACGAGUAGUACGUUGUCUGGAGUUGACAAUCUACCCUUCAAACACCCUCUCCUCCUCAAUCUCUUGCAAAAUCGUC